UGGAAGGAGCGCCACUAAAGGUCAGAGGAAGAAGCUGUGGAAAGCUCACAGCAGGUAUUGGAGUUUAAGGCAGUGGAUUUGGGGCCCUGAGCUCCCUAACCCACAAGGGUGUGAGCCAGACUCUGCUGAGAAUGGAGUGGGCAGGAAAGUACCAGGACUUUCAGGGCUCUGGGUUUGCAGAGAGCCGAAAUGACCAUGACUGCCAACAAGAAUUCCAGCAUCACCCAUGGAGCCGGAGGCACUAAGGCUCCUCGGGAGACUCUGAGCAGGUCUCAGUCAGUCUCUCCACCUCCAGUUCUGUCCCCACCAAGGAGUCCCAUCUAUCCCCUCAGUGAUAGUGAAACCUCAGCCUGCAGGUACCCUCCUCAUUCCAGCUCCCGAGUGCUUCUCAAGGACUGGCACCGCUGUGAUUCUUCACUCCGAGAUCCUCAAGAUCCUUCCCCAGAUACUUCUCCACCCAUCUGUCCUAUCAAGGCCACUAGCUCCAAUUAUUUGGACAGAAGCCCCUCAGUGUGCAAAAGAGAGAACCAAAAGGAGAAUGUCCAGUGUGUGGCCCAGGAUGUAGAGGGAGUAGCUGCUUGCCUCCCCCUUGCCCAGAGCACCCCAUUCCUAGGGCCAGCACUUGGCUCACGGAGUGUCUUGCUGACCCGCACUGGCACCCGUGCCCACAGCCUGGGCAUCAGGGAGAAGAUUUCAGCAUGGGAAGGUCGCCGAGAGACUUCGCCCAGGAUGAGCCUCUGUGGAGAGAAGCGGGAGGCCUCUGGGGGUGAGUGGGUAGUCAGUGAGGGCUGCCCCAGCGUGGGCUGCCCCAGCGUGGUGCCAUCCCCCUGCAGCUCAGAAAAGACCUUUGAUUUCAAGGGCCUCCGGAGGAUGAGCAGGACCUUUUCUGAGUGUUCCUACCCUGAGACCGAGGAAGAGGCAGAGACACUCCCUGUCCGGGACUCUUUAUACCGGCUGGAGAAGCGGCCAGGCCGGAGUGAGCCCAGUGCCUUCCUCAAGGGGCAUGGCAGCAGGAAAGAAAGCUCAGCAGUGCUGAGCCGGAUCCAGAAAAUUGAACAGGCCCUGAAGGAGCAGCCAGGCCGGGGGCUCCCCCAGCUCCCCAGCAGCUGCUACAGUGUAGAUCGUGGGAGAAGGAAGACAGGAACCUUGGACACCUUGGAGGAACCAACAGGGAGCGCGAGUGUGAGCGCUGGCACCUGGGCAGCAGGAGUGCCUGGAGUUGGGGGGGAGGCAGGCCUGCCCCUGGAGAGGGAARGCAGUGGUUCCUUGAAGCCAGGGACCCCUGGAAAUAAUCCUAACUCCCAGCUGCUGCCAUCAAAGAGCUCCCCUGAUCCCGCUGUGAACCCUGUCCCCAAACCCAAGCGCACCUUUGAAUAUGAGGCUGACAAGAACCCCAAGAGUAAGCCAAGCAAUGGUCUACCUCCUUCGCCCACACCUGCUGCUCCACCCCCCUUGCCCUCCACCCCAGCCCCACCAGUCACCCGGAGACUGAAGAAGGACAUGCGUGGUCAUCGCAAGUCCCAGAGCAGAAAAUCCUUUGAGUUUGAGGAUGCAUCCAGUCUCCAGUCCCUAUACCCCUCUUCUCCCACUGAGAAUGGUACUGAGAGCCAACCCAAGUUUGGAUCCAAAAGCACUUUAGAAGAGAAUGCCUAUGAAGAUAUUGUGGGCUGGGCAAGAGUAAGGAACAGAGGGCACCUACCAGGAUGGAGGUUGCAGCAGGAAGCAAAGCAGCCAAGAGGAGAGCUGCCCAAGGAGAAUCCAUAUGAGGAUGUGGACUUAAAGAGCCGAAGAGCUGGAAGAAAAUCUCAGCAACUGUCUGAGAACUCCUUGGACUCUCUGCACAGGAUGUGGAGUCCUCAGGACAGGAAGUACAACAGCCCACCCAUGCAGCUCUCCCUGAAACCCAGUAGCCAGUCCCUGCGCAGUGGGAACUGGUCAGAAAGGAAGAGCCACCGGCUGCCACGAUUACCCAAGAGGCAUAGCCAUGACGACAUGCUGCUGCUGGCUCAGUUGAGCCUGCCAUCUUCACCCUCCAGCCUCAACGAGGACAGCCUCAGCACCACAAGUGAGCUGCUCUCCAGCCGCAGGGCUCGCCGCAUUCCCAAGCUUGUCCAAAGAAUUAACUCCAUCUACAAUGCCAAGAGGGGAAAGAAGAGGUUAAAAAAGCUCUCUAUGUCCAGCCUUGAGACAGCAUCACUGAGAGAUGAGAAUAGUGAGAGUGAGAGCGACUCUGACGACAGGUUCAAAGCCCACACACAGCGUCUGGUCCACAUCCAGUCGAUGCUGAAGCGUGCACCCAGCUAUCGGACCUUGGAGCUGGAGCUGCUUGAGUGGCAGGAGCGGGAGCUCUUUGAAUACUUUGUGGUAGUAUCCCUCAAGAAGAAGCCAUCCCGAAACACCUACCUCCCUGAAGUCUCCUACCAGUUUCCCAAGCUGGACCGACCCACUAAGCAGAUGCGGGAGGCAGAGGAAAGGCUUAAAGCCAUUCCCCAGUUUUGUUUCCCAGAUGCCAAGGACUGGAUUCCUGUGUCAGAAUAUAGCAGUGAGACCUUUUCUUUUAUGCUGACUGGGGAAGAUGGCAGCAGACGCUUUGGCUACUGCAGGCGCUUACUGCCAAGUGGGAAAGGGCCUCGGUUGCCAGAGGUGUACUGUGUCAUCAGCCGUCUUGGCUGCUUCGGCUUAUUUUCCAAGGUCCUAGAUGAGGUGGAACGCCGGCGUGGGAUCUCGGCUGCAUUGGUCUAUCCCUUCAUGAGAAGUCUCAUGGAGUCGCCCUUCCCAGCCCCAGGGAAGACCAUCAAAGUGAAGACAUUUCUGCCAGGCGCUGGCAAUGAGGUGUUAGAGCUGCGGCGGCCCAUGGACUCCCGGCUGGAGCAUGUGGACUUUGAGUGCCUUUUUACCUGCCUCAGUGUGCGCCAGCUUAUCCGAAUCUUUGCCUCAUUGCUGCUGGAGCGCCGGGUCAUUUUUGUAGCAGAUAAGCUCAGUACCCUGUCCAGCUGUUCCCAUGCGGUGGUGGCCUUGCUCUACCCCUUCUCCUGGCAGCACACCUUCAUUCCUGUCCUCCCGGCCUCCAUGAUUGACAUCGUCUGCUGUCCCACCCCCUUCCUGGUUGGCCUGCUCUCCAGCUCCCUCCCCAAACUGAAGGAGCUGCCUGUGGAGGAGGCACUGAUGGUGAAUCUGGGAUCUGACCGGUUCAUCCGACAGAUGGAUGAUGAAGACACGUUGUUACCUAGGAAGUUACAAGCAGCUCUGGAGCAGGCUUUAGAGCGGAAGAAUGAACUCAUCUCCCAGGACUCAGACAGUGACUCCGAUGAUGAAUGUAAUACCCUCAAUGGGCUUGUGUCAGAGGUGUUUAUCCGGUUCUUUGUGGAAACUAUUGGGCACUACUCCCUCUUUCUGACCCAGAGUGAGAAAGGGGAGAGGGCCUUUCAGCGUGAGGCCUUCCGCAAGUCUGUAGCCUCCAAAAGCAUCCGCCGGUUUCUCGAAGUUUUUAUGGAGUCUCAAAUGUUUGCUGGCUUCAUCCAAGACAGGGAGCUAAGGAAAUGUCGGGCAAAGGGUCUCUUUGAGCAGCGAGUAGAACAGUACUUAGAGGAGCUCCCUGAUACUGAGCAAAGUGGAAUGAAUAAGUUUCUCCGAGGUUUGGGCAACAAAAUGAAGUUUCUUCAUAAAAAGAAUUAAACCCCUUUUCCAGUAGCAGAGUCCAGUGCCUUGCAGAACCUGGAGCCUAGGGAGAGGGCCCAGCCUGGGACUUUCUGGGCUACUGCGUCUGCUCUGCUCCCACAGACCCACCUCCAAGCCAGCCCACCUGUGCCUUCACCAUAUCCCAGGAUACUGUUUGUAAAUAAUCUGCUGUAAGCUUUAUUUUAACUGUUUUURUAACAAGCAAAGAGAAUCUGAUAAAUAUUUGUAUAUUCCCAAGUGGCCGGGUGCUUUCCUGCCCUGUCUGAGCAUGGAUGGAGUUUUGCUGGGUGCUGGUGACUGGCCAAUUAUGUGCAGCUGACUGUCUCAGCCAAACCACUGAUCUUCCCUGGAGGCUGUUGGCCUGCCUGCCUGCCUGCCUGGGGCCCCUGCUGCCAGUCUUGGGCUCUGGAGAGCGAGUGCUAUCUUGUUAUGAUGUACAGGAGGACUUUUUUUUUUUUUUUUUUGUAAUCUUAGAGUUUUAUAUUUUUUUCUAGUAGUCCCCCUCCCCUAAGCCUCUGUUUUUGAAAGGCAGAGGCCAUUCAUUUUCCAUUUGCAACAUGGCAUCAGACUCUUGAGCCUGGUUCUCUCUUGUUCCUCCUCCCCUCAGAGAUGGUCAGUGAGUCGUGGGAAGCCCAGCCCCCAGCUCUGCCUGUGCUCUCUGGGCCUGGCUCCCAGUCAAUGGUGGCCAUGAUGCGGUACAGGGCAUCCCUCCUUCCCACCAUCUACAGGUGUUCUCAAUAAACAAUGUACAGUCAUUUGGGCCCA